GUCCAAAUUGCGCAGGAGACGAAAAGCAAAAUAUUAAUCUGGUAUUAGAAUUCCUAAUUCAAAUCUAUAAAGGAAAUAAUAAGUUCAAACGGAAUUACAUGAGGCGAAAUUUCAACAUUGUGGAGAUAUUCCAUGGAUAAAAAUAGCUGAAUAUCCCCCAAUUGAGUCAUAUACGGUCACAAUGACAAAGACUGUUUAUUGUGCCAUCUGGCAUCAAACCCAAAUAAAACAUGAUAUGUGUGUAUUGCAUCAUCUAAAGCAGAACAAAUGUGACGGUGGUCGACCCCUAAUGAAGAUCUCAACAAUAUAAUUCAAAACAAAACGUCAGUUCGUUGGGUUUCAGUACAUGGCACUGUCCAUUCCGUGGCAGUUUUGAAAUGGUCUGAAAAUGUUCAAGACAUUAAAGAUUAUCUGGCAGCUCCAAAAAGACUUCCGAAGCCACUGAGACUAAGUUUUGAAAGAGUGGUAGAUGAAACAUUUACAGUUUCUCCUGAAAAGAGUGAAAUGCCAAAGAAGAAAGCCAAAAAGGCUGUCAUAAAGGAGAAGAAGCAGAAAAAAUAUUGCCAUUCUCACGAAAAGGCUGAACAUGCUACAAAAUCAUUGAGGAAUUUAGAUGCGCUGGUGAUGAAUUCAGGAUUCGUGAAUCAUUCUGAGGAGUCCAUUCCUCGCCUGAAGGAAAGACAGCUGAAAGAAGGGGUUACAGGUCCAUGGAACCCUAAGAAGCUCAAGAAAUUGAAAAACAGGGAAACCGUCCGGAAAUGCGAUUUGGAAGAGCAAGACGCAAUCGAAGAAAGUCCGGACGAAGAUGAUGCUGAGGAGCAAGAAAUGGAAGCAAAGCUGGUCAAGUCCUCGGAUAGCGGAGAGAAACGAAAGGUGAAUAGUUCCGAGAGAAGGACUACCACCUCCUCUGUAAUGUCAACCCCUGACGGGAAAAAGAGACGGCAAGAGGCUUUCAAUGAAAAACCCCUGAAUCCCAAGAAUUCAAAGCAAUUUAAGUUGAAGGAAAAGGACUAUGAAGAACAAGAGGAAGAAGAAAAACAAGAGGAAGAGACAGAGGAAGAAGCAGAAGAAGAAGCAGAAGAAGAAGUAGAGGAAGAGGAAGACGAAGAGGAAAAGAAAGAACAAGAGGAUGACGAAGAGGAAGAGGAAGAGAAACUGACUGAGGAUGAUCCUGAGGAGCAUGAGAUACAAGGAAAACUACUCAAGUCCUCGGAGAGCGGGAAACGACAAAAGGUUAAUAGUUCCGUGAGAAGCACCGCCGCUGGUAAGGCGUCAACCCCUGGCGGGAAAAAGAGACGGUGGGAGGCUUCCAAUGAAAAACCCUUGAAUGCCAAGAAUUUAAAGAAAUUGAAGUUUGAGGAAAAGGACGAUGAAGAACAUGAGGAAGAAGCAGAGGAAGAGGAAGAACAAGAGGAAGAGGAAGACGAAGAACAAGAGGAAGAGGAAAAGGAAGAGGAAGAGAAACUGACUGAGGAUGAUCCUGAGGAGCAAGAGAUACAAGUGAAACUACUCAAGUCCUCGGAGUGCGGAAAACGACAAAAGGCUGAUGAUUCUCUGAGAAGAAUUUUCCCGUCUCUUAAGAACGACAGCUCUGGAAAGCACAAAGUGCUUAAGAAAGACGAUGAUGAUGAAUUGAACCCUAAAAAAGUCACGUUCGAGGAACGAGAGAAAGGGAAGCAGUCACUUACCCUUCAAAAUAAGAGUCCUGCAACUCCCAAAGAUGACAGUGAUAGUCCCCCGAUUUCAAUGGACCACCUAAAAAGACUAAAAAUUUCAAAUGUCUUAGAUCUGAUAAAAGACGAAAUACGCCUCUUGAACAAGUUGAGGAACAAGUUGGAACCAAAAAUUCAAAAAGACAAUGCCAAUUCUUUCGACUCGCAGGCGAAAGCAAAAGCCAACAAGUCACAGGGGUCGAUCGUCAAUGAUUUAAAACGCCCGACGUGCUCAGACCGAAAAACUCUUCCUCUCGUUCACCUCGGGAUUCAUCCCCAAUUCCGUCAAAAUCUUCAGCUUCAGUUACCCGUAAGCCUUAUUAUCAUCCAGAAAACAUACCUCUUAGUCCAUCUGGACAGUUAUUCGGAGACUUAGGAUUUUCAGAACUGGAGAAUGAUGAGAAUUCUGAGGAAUUUGAGAAGGACAAGACGCCUGUGACAAAAAGCCCUGUACAUUCACCUCAGCCGAGUUGUUCCCAUCACAACACUUCAUCCAAGGUGACUAUCACGGAGAGAUUCAAGUUGUCACUUCAAGAAGCAACGAAGCUAGUUAACUGCAACACUGUCCGACGCAGAAUCGACCAUGUUGUAGCGCGGUUCUGGCCUGCUGAUUUUCGCCGCGACUUGUAUACUGUAGUGACGAACAAGGUUCUGGCGAAAAAUCCUCAAGCCCAUGCAGCCCCCGCAGCUGACAUGGCUGCCAUCAAAGAUAUCAUUACGUGGACACAGGAACGUGGGCCUCUUAAUCAAACUGAAGAAGACAGGCAGUGGGAGUUACGUUUUGU